GAGUUACGAGAUAGUGAACAAUCAUGAACGGUAGUCACGAAAUCUGUUUAUGGUGAAAUGAGAAAACACGAAUAAUGAAAUAUGUGAAAGAGUACAUCGUACAGAAAAUGAAAAAUUGGUAUGUCUUCACCCAACUUCGUCUUUCCUUCAUGUAAGUGUAAGAUAUAGUUAAUCAAACGCACUGGGCGUUUCGGUGGGUCCCACCCCGUAACUCAGUGGCUGUCCGUCAUUGGCUACCGCUGGCGUCUGCCGCUUCCAGAUGGGAACGCCAAUUCCGCGAGCCGCCGCGUCAAAGCGGAAAACGCUUGCCGCUGCCGUUGCCGCACGACGCGCUGUAGCGGGAACCGGCCUUUACUGUCACUGCAUAAGCCUCGUAGCCUCGUACAAGCACUGGGGGUGUUCCAGAAGGGCAGAGGGCUGUUCAUUGGCGCUGUGUUUCAGAUUCAUCCACAAUGGCAGCAGUUAAAGAGGUUCAACAGACCACCUGCGUGGGCCUCGGCGCCCUUCUGGACGCGGGCGAAGGCGCUGUGGUGACGCUGCUGGCGGGGGAGACGCGGCUGGCGGCGCACCGGGCCGUCCUGGCCGCCCGGAGCCCCGUGUUCCAGGCCAUGUUCCAGCACGACACGCUGGAGGCCAGCAGCGGUCAGGUCAGCAUCGCAGACGUGGAGGGCCCGGUGCUGAGGGAACUGCUGAGCUACCUGUACACCCUCGAGGCCCCCCAGCUGCCCGGCAUGGCCCCCCAGCUCCUCGCCGCUGCUGACAAAUACGGAUUGUCGGCCUUGAAGUCCAUCUGCGAGCAGCAGGUGGCCGCUCAGCUGACCGUCGAGAACGCGGCAGCCGCGGCUGUGCUGGCAGUGAGGCACUCCUGCCCAGACCUUACUGCGGCCGCCGUCGCCUUCAUAAAGGCCCGCAACGUCCAGGUGAUGGCCACAGAGGGAUGGGCUGACGCGAUGCGCAACUGUGUUGAAGACGUGAUCGUAGUGACCCAGCUGCUCGCUGGUGCACCACCCGGUCCCAGUGCGCCGGCCACCCCUGGCACCCGCAGCCGGCCCCACAGCGACCGCGGCCGGACUCCUGCCGCAGCUGCACCACCCACACCUGCCCGCCACACCCCUCCUCCUGAUGAGGCCGCAGUCUCUCGCUUGCGGACACUUUCUAGAAAGGAGAGAGGUAGCAGGCUGAUCCAGGCAGCUAAGCAGGGAGCAGUGGGGGAGAUGCAGGCACUGCUCGCAGCAGGGGCAGACGUGGGGGCUAGGGGCUCGGAGGAGAGGACUGCUCUGCACCAGGCAGCAGUGGAGGGACGCGUCGAGGCGGUGAGAUGUCUGCUGGAGGGUGGAGCAGAAGUGGACGCCAGGACCAACGUGCAGAACACGCCUCUGCACUCAGCUGCAAGGUUUGGCCACGCAGCUGUGGUUCGGCUGCUGGUCGCGGCCUCAGCUGACCCCAACGCCAGCAAUGUGGAUGGGUGGACGCCGCUACACAGGGCCGCUGCCUAUGGGCACACAGAGGUUGUGGCUGUGCUACUGGAGGCAGGAGCUGAUAGGGGAGCGAGAGAUGACAGUGGAGCCACCCCCCGUCAUCUCGCCAGGCAGAACAACAAUCAGCAGCUGGUAGAGUUGCUGACGUGAAGCUUUCUGUACU